AUGUCUACCGAAUUAACUAAUAACGACUUUCGUCGUAUUUUUGAUAAUUUCGAAAAGGAAAAAAAAGAGAAAGAAAAUGAUGCGUUAUUAAAAGAAGAAAAGAAAUUGAAAAGGAAACAAAAAUAUUUAAUAAAAAAAAAAAAAAAUGAUGAGAAAAAUGAAAAUCAAAAAUAUAGAGAUCGAGCAGAAGAAAGAAGAAAAGGUAUAUUAAAAGAUGUUAAAGAUGAAAGUGUUUUAUAUAAUAAUGUAAACAAUACUAUAGAUGAAUCAAAAUUUAUGGGUGGAGAUGUGGAACAUACACAUUUAGUAAAAGGUCUUGAUUUCUUAUUAUUGAAUAAAGUUAGAAAUAAAUUAAUUGAUAAAAUAAGUUCAGAAAAAGAAAAAAUGAAACUAAAUAAUAUUAAUAAAUAUAUUACAAGUGGUGGAAAUGUAUUAACUAAUAGAUCUUUAUCAUCGUCAUCAAUUACAGGUUUUAUAAAUGAAGAAUCAAAAUAUAUUUUCAAAUAUUUCUUUUUAUUUGAACACCCACAUCAUAUACAUUUCAAAGAUAAAAUCAAUGGUAUAUAUGAAAAUAUUAUAAAUAAUAUGAAGUUCAAAAAUUAUAAUAAAAAUAUCCAUUCAGUAAAUUAUAAAUAUAAUAUAGAUAUGGAUAUUGAUGAAAAUGAUAUACCAAUCAAAUAUAUUUAUCAUGUUGAUGAUAUAAAAAAUCAUCAUACUUAUUAUUUGAAAAAUUCAUUUUUAAAUGAAAUCGGUGCUUGUUUUAAAUGGCAUAUGGAAAAUAAGAAAAAAAAAAAAAGUGAAAGGUUAUCCAGGAGACCCUUAACAAAUAACUUUCUAGAUCCAAAUUUAGUUAGUCAGGAACAAGGGGAGGAUGAUGAUAUUGAUAUUUUUAAAAUGGAUGAUAAAGAUAUAAAUGAAACGGAUAUAAUAAAUACGAAUAAGUCAGAAAUUGAUGAAAAGAAUAAUAUCAAAACGGCAACCCAGAACGAAAUAAAAGAUAUAAUAUUUAAAGACAAUAAAGAGGAUAUAUCUAGAAGCAUAAAAGAAAAUAAAGAAAAUUAUUUAAAUUAUAGUAUGAAACAAUUUUUAUCAGGAAAAAAUAUUUCUAAAUCUAAUAAUCAAAAUAAAGAAAAUGAUAAGAAUAGUUUAACCAAAAAUAUAUUUAAAGAUACAUAUGAUGAAUGUUAUCCUGGGUAUGGUUAA